UAAAGAACGGUGGAGAUCGAUAAACACGAUGGAUCAUGGACAUAACCAACAAUUCACUGGUUCGGUCUUCAGUCGAAGUGUUAUCCGCCUGUUAGCUGUGCGUCAUGGCUGCCCUGCUAGAUCGGAAGGUGCAUCUUAAGUCGAUACUGCUGUUGUGGGCGGCUUUGCUGGUGGUGUUCCUAUUCUUCAUUUACAAGACGUGCCUGGUCGAAACAAUCAACUCGUACAAAGUGCUGGACGACCACAACCGUGCCCGGGCCCGGCAGAUCGAGCAGGAUGUUGGGCAGGGUAAACGCACUCGCUACAUACUGCUCUACACGAGCUUCUUCGAGGAUAAGCAUUGGGGUUUGCCGGCUGAAACGAUCGAACCGGACUACUUUUCGAUGACGCACUGCCCGGUAACGGAUUGUGUGCAGACCACCAACCAUCAACUAUUGCCGUCCAUUACGGAUUACGAUGCGGUCGUGUUCCACGUAGCCACGCGCUGGGGUGGGCCCAUGCCGGUGGUUCGCAGCCCGCAUCAGGUGUAUGUGGCCGCCGAUAUGGAGUCACCGGCACACACCAAACACACGCUCCGUCUGGACGGGGCCUACUUCAACUGGACGAUGACGUACCGACUGGAUUCGGACGUGUUGUUCAACUACAUGAACGUUGUUGAUCUGGAAAGUGGUGAAGUGAUAAGCCCGGCGUUGCGUCCCGCUUGGCGAAACGGGUUCUACGAGUAUAACAACACAAUCCUCGCGGAAACGGUGGCAGGCAAACAACGAAUGGCGGCCCAGUUUGUGUCACACUGCGGGUCAUUGUCCGGACGCGAUCGACUCGUGAAGAAAAUGCAGUCGGUCGGUUUGGAGGUGGAUGUGUACGGAAAGUGUGGCCCAUUACAAUGUCCCCGGGGGAAUACGGAAUGCGAUCAAAUGUUGGACACGGUGUACUGGUUCUAUCUAUCGUUUGAAAACUCACUGUGCGUCGACUACGUCACUGAGAAGCUGUACAACGCACUGAAGCACAACAUUGUGCCGAUCGUGUUCGGUGGUGCUGACUACAAUCGGUUUAUGCCACCCGGUUCGUACAUCAACGUGCAAGACUACGGGACGGUAAGCGAGUUGGUGGACCAUCUGCGAUACCUGGUGGACAAUCCGAUCGAGUAUGUGAAGUACUUUUGGUGGAAGGAACAUUACGCACUCGAGAACACGAACUCAUAUUGCGAUCUCUGCGUAAAGCUGCACAGCGUGAAUGCACGGGAAAGGGUACAGUAUUAUCGCAACAUUAAGGCUUGGUGGUAUGACGAUGCUUGCACGGCAAAGCCCAAGAUUGAGUUUUAAUCCACAGCUUAAACGAAAUAGUUACACUAGGGCGGUUGCAUUAUUCGAGUGUGAAUUAUAGUUCUUGCUAAUGUUGAUAUGUUGAUGUUGAGCUAUUGAUGCAUAAAUUGCACCUCAAUAUAUUGAUAUUGAGCUAUUGAUGCAUCAUUUGUACAUUUUUGCUGUUAUUCCGUUUUUAUGUGUCUGGUGAAGUUUGUAUUUGUUGAAUGCUACUUUAUGCAUCGACUUCGAAUUUAUUUGGAAAUGUUGUUUUUCCUUUUGAGCUUCUACGACUACGACAA